CUUCGUUGUGAUUGGUCUGUAGAGUUUUGGGUGUCUGUCCCCUUUGACCCCAGUGACUGACCUUUAAAGCUUGUAGAGCAGGAGCAGGGUCACUGGCUUCCCUCUAAUUAGCCGUUUGCACCAAACACUGGUGUUUAUUUCUGCAGAGCGGUGAUGAGAGAGCUGCUCAGGCUUCUGCUGGAUGGCUGCUGGGCUUAUCAGGAAUGAAGGAAGCUGCUUCUUCAGUUAGUGUCCUGUGUGGACAGAUGAAUGAAUAAGGACCAUCCACCACCGGCGGGACAUCAUGAAGGGAGCCCGUGUCAGCUUUUUCCCACUGAUCAACUUCAUAACAGCUCUCCUGCUGUUAUGCUCUAUGGGUUCUGCACUGGAGCUGAACCCCACCCUCAAAGAGAUCAUCCUCACCCCUAACUCCUCCUUCAGCAUCACCUGUUCUGGGUGGGCACCGGUCAGCUGGCACUUUAAACGAGAGGAAAAGAUCCCAGAGUUCCGUACAGAGAACCGGACCACCACCUCCAGCAUUCUGUAUCUGGAGAAUGUGACGUGGAAGCACACAGGAGUGUAUGCGUGCUUUGAGAAUGGGACUGAUUCAGAAGAGAGGGAGGUGGCCAUCUAUGUGCCUGACCCAGAUGUGUGGUUUUUGGAGAACGAGUAUUACAUGGUAACUAAGACUAAACAGGAAGCAACCAUCCCAUGCCUUGUGACGGACCCCCGGAUAAAUGUGACCCUCCAUGACAGAGAGACGGAAAGCCUGGUGAGCGGCAAGUAUUCGCCCACCGUAGGGUACACCGCCCUGCUGGACGACCAGACGUAUAAAUGCAGAGGAGAACUGAACGGAGAAGAGAAAUGGUCUGCACUCUACUACGUCUUCAGCAUCUUAGUUCCUGAAGUGCUCGACUUCCACAUCAAUGCCUCAAAGACUGUGCUGAAACAGGGUGAGCCGCUAAGCAUUAACUGCACCGCCAACGGAGUGGAGCUGGUCUACUUCUCCUGGGACUUCCCAAACAAAGAUGUAGAUCUGGAGCCCUUGACGGACGUGCUGUCAUCUGUGAGCAUGCGCUCCUGCUUGAACAUCUCCAACGCCACACUAGCGCACUCUGGACACUAUGCGUGCCAUGCGUUAGAAGAUGUGGGAAACCAGCAGGCUUGGGUCAGCAUCAACAUCACUGUGUUGGAGAAAGGCUUUGUGGCACUGAGUUCAUUUCAGAGCCCCAACAUUUCAGCCCAGCUUCAUGAGAACGUUAGACUGAGAGUGGAGGUGGAGGCCUACCCCAAACCUAACAUCCGCUGGAGCAGAGAUGGAGCUGUCAUCACUGGAGACAACAUCAUCAACAUAAGACAAGAGCAUGAAACCAGGUAUAUCAGCACUUUAACUCUGGUUAGAAUCCGUAUGGAGCAGAAAGGAUACUACACCAUCCACGUUGACAAUGAAGAUGAUUCCAAAGAGAUGACAUUUGACCUAGAAGUUAAGGUUCCCCCUCAAAUAACCGAGCUGUCAGACUAUCACCUACCGGGAAAGAAGCAUGCAGUUACCUGUGUGGCCGAGGGUGUUCCUGCUCCCAACAUUCAGUGGCUUAGUUGUGACAGCAUGCAGAGAUGCAGUAACAGAAGCCUGUGGAGCCCCCUCCUGUCCGACCCAGAAAGCAUAAACAUUGUGACCAACGCCACCUACAACGACACGCGCAAGAUCCACCAGGUGCACAGCCAGCUCAUCUUCCUCCACCCCCAGCAGAUCACUGUCCGCUGCCUGGCCAAGAGUGAUGGGGGAGGACGAGCACGGGACAUCCGGCUCAUCACCAGCACACUGUUCUCUCAGGUGGCUGUUCUGGCUGCUGUUCUGGCUCUGGUUGUCAUCGCUAUUAUCUUCAUCAUUAUCCUCAUCGCUGUGUGGAGGAAGAAACCACGAUAUGAGAUCAGAUGGAAGGUGAUUGAGUCUGUGAGUCUGGACGGGCAUGAGUAUAUCUAUGUGGACCCCAUUCACCUGCCCUAUGACCUGGCCUGGGAGAUGUCCCGAGACAGCCUGGUCCUCGGUCGUACUCUGGGAUCAGGAGCCUUUGGAAGAGUAGUGGAGGCCACUGCAUACGGACUGGGCAAUUCUCAAUCCUCCACUAAAGUUGCUGUGAAAAUGCUCAAAUCUACAGCACGCAGGAGUGAAACUCAGGCUCUGAUGUCUGAGCUGAAGAUCAUGAGCCAUCUUGGUCCUCAUCUCAACAUUGUCAACCUGCUGGGAGCCUGCACCAAACAAGGCCCGCUGUACCUGGUGACAGAGUACUGUCGAUAUGGAGACCUGGUGGACUACCUGCACAGAAACAAGCAGGGUUUUCUACAGCACUACGCUAACAAGAACCACCUCGCCAACGGCACAGUCAACCAAAUCUGCCUGGACUCUGAUGUGCCUUCUGGAAAAGGCUACGUGUCGUUUGGCAGUGUGAGCGAUGGUGGUUACAUGGACAUGAGUAAAGAAGAAAUGACUGAAUAUGUGCCAAUGCAGGAGCUUACUGACACUAUCAAAUAUGCAGACAUCCAGCCUUCUCCAUAUGAAUCCCCGUACCAGCAGGACAUCUACCAGGAGCAAGGUCACAGAGUGGACCUUUCACUGGUUAUCAAUGAUUCUCCGGUCCUGAGCUUCACUGACCUGGUGGGCUUCAGUUUCCAGGUGGCCAAAGGGAUGGAGUUUCUGGCCUCUAAAAAUUGUGUUCAUCGGGACCUGGCGGCGAGGAACGUGCUGAUCUGUGAGGGGAAGCUGGUAAAAAUCUGUGACUUUGGGCUGGCCAGAGACAUCAUGCAUGACAAUAACUACAUCUCCAAAGGCAGCACGUUCCUGCCUCUGAAGUGGAUGGCCCCAGAGAGCAUCUUCCAUAACCUCUACACCACACUGAGUGACGUCUGGUCGUAUGGCAUCUUGCUCUGGGAGAUAUUCACACUGGGAGGAACUCCUUAUCCAGAUCUGCCGAUGAAUGAGCUGUUCUAUAACGCCCUAAAGAGAGGAUAUCGCAUGACCAAACCCAUGCAUGCAUCAGAAGAAAUUUAUGAGGUGAUGAGGAAGUGCUGGGAGGAGAAGUUUGAGAAGAGGCCUGAGUUCUCCUUUCUGGUCCAGACCAUGGGGAACAUGCUCACAGAUGCCUAUAAAAAGAAGUACAACCAGGUCAACGACAGCUUCCUAAAGAGUGACCACCCAGCGGUGGUGCGCACCAAACAUGGGGUACCCUCUCCAUUCCCAGUCACCCUGUCUCCCUCAUCCCCCAACUCCAUGUUCCCUCAAUUCUCCACCCCUAACCCCUGCCUGGAGCGCAAUGGGGAAACAGAAACAGUCCCUUACAACGGCUACAUCAUCCCCAUCCCGGACCCCAAGCCAGAGGAAGAGUGCCAGGAGAUUACCCUGCCAGCGGAAAUCCCCUCGAGCUCCAUGAGUUCUGAGGCGGAGACAGCUUCUCUGGAGAACCCCAGCAGCGAGGCAGAGCAAGAGGAGCUGCUGAAGGAGCGCUCCAAAACCCCAGACAUAGAGGAGAGCUUCCUGUGAACCUACAAACAGACAAAGUAGCUGGAUAAUAGCGAUGUAAUGUGUCUUUUUAUUGAGAUCUAAGAACUUCUUAGAACUUCUUAUUGGGUACAGCUGUGCACAGUCACAUUUAUUGCAGAUUAGUAAAGAAAAGAAUGAUUUUAUGUUAGACAGACUAAUGUAGCUUAAAGACGAGAAAUCGUAAUGGAGUCAGGUCACUCAGUCAAAUCAUUUUAAGAGAUCAACAAACUGGGAGCAACAAAACAAAACUAAAUCAGCCUACAGUGCAGUAUUAUAUGAGAUUAUCAGUCUGUAUGAAGUAUAAAUCUAUUAUUGGUACACAGUUGGAGCAUUCAACUGCAAAUUUUACUAAAAGGCUAGAGGGGGUUGGAUGCCCCCCCUUUGAUUGUGAUAAAAGGUCAGAUUGUAACCUGAAUAAUGGUACAUUGCAGUGUGUUUUAAACUGCCUACAGAGAAGCUACAGACAAUGCAUACUCAGUAUUGAAUGCUUAUGAAUGUGAUUAAAUUCUGUAGCAUUGAAGGACGCUUGCCUUUUGACAGGACAGAGGAUGUCUGUGCUAUUUUGUAAAUUUUCCAUUAUAGUCAAGCCAUGUAACAAACGCUGACAUUUUAAUGAAGGAUAUGUUUGUUUUUUUGGCAUAUAAGUUUUUUAGAUACUUUCUGUUUCAGCGUAUUCUUUUCCUGGUGAGCAGAAUAUUAUGCAAAAAUGUGUAUUUUAUUUUCAGACAAUAUCAUAUUUACUAUAUUUUGCAUUUAGAGAAGGGAAUAAAAAAAAACAACCUUGUAGCAGAUUUGCACUUUACAGACUCAUGGAAAUUUUUCACCUAGAUUAUAUUAGAUUUUUGUUACUUUUUGUAUUUGAGUGAAGAAAAUUACGGUACAGUAUAUUGAUAGAUGAGAAAAAACGUGAUUUAAAGAUUGUUUGUAUUUUUUUGUUAAAAAAAAUCAUGUACAAAAUCAUUUCCAUCACUAUGCUGAUUUUAAAAAAAAAUCUUCAUUCCUUUACGGUACACGAACACUUGCCAUUUAUAUUUAAUGUAUUCUAUUUGUUUAAAUGGAGAGAGCUGCCUCAUGUCCGGAUGCAUGAUGGGUUGCAUUGCAUUGAGAGCAACUUUAUUCAAAUGACUGCUUCUAGCCAAUCAGCGAAGAGUAGUAGCUGGUAAGUCACACAGUAUGGGUGUCACGCCCAAAACAGACGUCUUUCAAACAUGGAGGAAAAGCUAAGAGUGACUAAGACGUGUAUAUUGGUGAGAACUUAGGUAUAUGAUGUGUUACGAUACAGAGGUUACGAUCCAGUCUAUUACAAUAUAUUGUGAUACUGUAAGCAAGACAAAAUUUUGUGAUUGUUUCAAUUCAAAUUUAGAAAAAAACAUUUAUAAUAUAAAAAAGAUAGAUUAAAUAAUUUAAAAGAAAAGUUUACUUUUUGUCCAAUCAGAACAGUGGGAUCUAAUGACAGAGUAAAACACAGGUUUCUAUUAAGCAGAGUUUGAACACAACACAAAACAACACAGAACCACUGUCUAAAACCAAUCAUAAUUAAAAAUCACCACUGCAUUUUUUAUAUUUUUGUCCACCCAUAAUAAUGUUGGUGUCUGGAUCUCCAGAAUUAGUUUAUAAUACACACAUGGCGAGCCGAAUGAUAAGGAACAGUAAAAUGCAUUAAAGAAAAUGGCAAAUGAACUCGUACCGUUAAUCAUGUACUCAAUUCCAACUGAAACACUAGUGAAACUCAGCACAGGUUAAGGUACUAGAAACAGGGCGACUAUGUGUGAGAUUAUAUUCUUUUCUUUUUUAUCUUUGUGACUUCUUUUUAAAAGAGACUGUAUCUUUACUGCUUUCAGGUCAGUAUGCGUUUCACAUGCGUUGUGCCUGCUUAAGGUGGAAGUUGUUUCUUUUUACUUUGACACAAGACCAGUUCCUCGUACCCCACCUCCAGCCUUAAUCAUUACAACGAGAACAGUGAUACUGACCUCAGGACAGCGUCAUAGAUCAACUUCCUCCAGCGCCUUAUUUUUUGCCCAGUGUAGGAAUGUAUCACUUUUCUUUAGUAAAAAUCUGUCCAUUUUGUAAAGCCACACAAUAAUCUAUAGCUCUUUACCUUUGCCUUCUAUUGUAGUGGUUCCCAACACUGGUCCUGGAGGACAUCCACUCCUGCACAUUUUACUGGUUCUGUCCCAGUUGUUUACUAAUUUAUAAGAAACACUUGCUUUUGAAUAUGAAAUAUGUAGGAUAGAUAAACUUUAAGUUUAUCCCCCAAAAAAUUGGGACCACUCUUUAAGAACCUGUAGCAACCGUGCCUGGCUGGUGUGAUAGCAGUGGAGCGUUGAAGAUCAGCAACCUAACUGCAGGACUAGUUAAUUUUAGGGCAUUGUACGUCUUAAAAGAGGGGGAAGACAUACGAGUGGUCCAGCAGACUAAUGCGCUGCCUCUAUGAUCAGAAGAUCGCUGGUUCGAAUCUUGGUCAUGCGGUUUGCCAUCAUCAGAGUCUGAGAGAGCACAAUUAACCUCGCUCUCUAUAGGUGGGUAGAUGGCGUGUUUCCCCACAUCACUGUGGGGGGACUGUGGACUCGCUUUACUUUCCUAGUAGCGCUCUGGCUACUUUGUAAUGCUACAUCAGCUACUAGCAUUUUUAAUGCUUGUAAUGAUAGAAAUGGCCAUAAAACAUUGGAACUUCACAUUAAACUAGGUGUGCACAUGCAAAACAUAUGGGUAGGGCUAUGUGGUAGGACCAAGGAGUGAAAUGGGAUUGGGCCACAUUGUGUUGUUUCUAUGGAAACCUAUAUCCCGCAAUGCAGAGUGAACAGAAACAGAAAGGAAGGAACUACUUACACAUGGAACAAUAUUUAAAAAAUGGCAGAUCAUGAUGUAAGUGCAGCAUCUACCGAGGUUAGAUUAUAUUGCCAGAAUAGCAAUGAUUAAUCACUUCCUGUCAAAACAGCUCUCACUAUUAAGAGUGGUUUAUCCUAUAUACCAUUUAAUUAUCAGCUUAUUAUUUAGCAAUAGACUGUAGUAUAUUAUAUAAUUUAUUAAAGCAGGAAACCAUUAAAUGUGCUGGUCGAGGACUCCUCCACAACUAUUUUUGGGAACCACUGAUUUAUUGAUUCUAUUUUACUGUAGCCUUUUAUUUGUAUAUGAGCCAAACCUUAUAUAGUGUCAGUCUAUACUUCACUUUAUAUGAAGAUAUCACACACGCUAUGGUACCAAAGCCUUUACAAUAUGUAUGUUUACAAGUGUAUUUUUGUAUGAAUAUUUUGUAUGUUUAUUGUACUGAAUGUGUAUAUGAAAAAGAUCCCUAUAAUAAAGAUUAGACAAAUAUCUA